GAGGCUAACACAGGCGCUGUGCCCCGGAAGCUUGUUCGUGGCAGAGCAGGGGACGAUGGCUCAGAACCUGUACGGUCCAGGAGUCCGGAUGGGCAACUGGAACGAGGACGUCUACCUGGAGGAGGAGCUCAUGAAAGACUUCUUAGCAAAGAGGGACAAGGGACAGCUUCUCAUACAGAGAAACAGAAGACUGAAAGAGAAUCUUUUGAGACCGAUGCAGCUUUCCAUAUCUGAAGACGGAUACAUUCGCUAUGGCGACAAAGUGAUGCUUGUGAAUCCUGACCGCGCUGAGACAGAAGCUGAUCUGUUUCUGGGCGGGGACCUGAGCUUGUGUAUGACUCCAGAUGAAAUUAAAGCCCAUCUGAGUGACGAAUUAGAGGUGCCCUGUGGCCUGAGCGCAGCUCAAACCAAGAUCCCGGUUGGCAGAAACACUUUUACCAUUUUGUGUGCAGCUGGAGAGGUCAUUGGUCAGGUCCUUAGAUACGGGCAGAACUUUCGCCUCGGGAUAGCAGGAGGAUUUGCAGACAGAAUGGCAAAUGCAAAGAUUCUUAUCAAUCACUGCCACACGAAUCGGGGGCUGGUGGCCCACCGGCAUCUUUUCUUAAGUACCUAUUUUGGAAAGGAAGCAGAGGUCGCUGCACACACAUAUCUGGAUUCACACAGAGUUGAAAAGCCAAAGAACCAUUGGAUGUUGGUGACUGGGAAUCCCAGGAAGGACUCGUCCACCAUGUUGGACCUGCCUAAACCGCUGGCGGAGGACACCCGAGUCCUGGAGCAGGUGGCGGAGCCGGGGGCCAGGAAUGCACCUGGCGCGCAUGCGUGCACUCCUCCGACGUAGCUUUACAGGAAAUCUAUCUCGGUCAUGCCUCAAGGUAUUCUUAAGGAAGGCACAGAACUCUCUGAACAUUGUAUUAAAACAAAGGCUAUAUUCAGAUUAUUGAAUUAACGGUGGAGGUCUAGGACACAGGAAAAAACAAACAAACAAAAAACCUUGCCUUGGGCCAUAGCACAGAAAUGGCCUUUGAAGGUGACAGAUGAUGUUCCUUUGUUGAUGACCACAUUCUGAAGACUCAGCUUCCUUUAUUUAGAUCCUACAGCAGCAGCUUCUAUAAGGACUGUAAAAAACUCGUUACUUUUUUAAAGCUGUGUCUGUGUAAUGAAGCUGUUGGAACUUUA